CAUAUGCGUGUGUGUGUGUCUCCAUUUGUGUAUCUCAGUGGUUCCAUAGCACCUGACCCACCCACCCCGGGGUGUUUGUCCUGAGAGCUGGGAGCAGAAGGGUUGUGAAGCCAGGGCCAAGGGAGGUAAGAGCAACCACCGAGGCACCGAGCGGGACAAAAGGAUAGCAGGGGUAGGACGGAGAACAAGGGCACAGCACGCAGGAGGGGAAACCACGCAGCCAGCAGGAGUUGUUUGCAGGAGGAUUGUUGACAUUUAGCCGAAGAUGAGUACAUACACAGUGACUCUGAAUGGCCCUGCUCCGUGGGGCUUCAGACUACAGGGAGGAAAAGACUUCAACAUGCCCCUCGCCAUCUCCAGGAUAACUCCGGGCAGCAAGGCAGCGGGAGGCAGCUUGACCCAGGGUGACAUCAUCUCAGCUAUUGAUGGGGUCAGCACCGAGGGGAUGACGCACCUGGAGGCCCAGAACAAGAUCAAGUCUGCCACCAUCAAACUCACCCUCUCAAUGCAGAAAUCAAGACGCCCGGCCCCAGUUCCCACGGCAACUCCAAGGAUGGACUCACCUAUGCCAGUCAUCCCUCACCAGAAGGCAUUACAAGAGGAACAUUUUGCAGGAGAAGUUCAAAAGAAGGAUCAAGAGUCUUGUGGAAUCCUCCUGGACAAAAAACCCUGCAAAAGAAAUCUCUUCCCAGCUUCAAGAUCUCCACCAAGCCAACGGGGGCAGUACAAUUCCCCAAUAGGCCUUUACUCCCCCGAAACUCUCAGAGAUAUGAUUGAUAUGCAGGGCAAAAUAGGCGAGGGAUCAGCAUCGGCCAGAAGAGUUUCAUCGCUGGGUGGUGUUCUGCCCAUCAAGGAGCCUGUGGUAGAUUGUGCAUCUCCAGUGUACCAGGCAGUGAUCAGGCCAGGAGAGCCCCUGGACAUGACUGACUGGGCUCGCCGCGCUGCCAACCUGCAGUCUAAAAGCUUCAGGAUUCUGGCCCACAUCACUGGCACCGAAUUCCUGCAAGACCCAGAUGAGGAAGCCCUGCAGAAGUCAAGAGAGAAGUUUGAGUCGGAGGUCAAAGGGCCCCGCUUUGCCAAGCUGAAGAACUGGCAUCAUGGACUGUCUGCACAGAUCCUUAAUGUCCAGGAAUAAAGAGGAGAAGGUGAAAACAAAGGGAAAGAGAAAGAGAGAGAGGGGGGAGGAGGAGAACAUGUAAAGGACGACAUGGACAAAAGGAGGAAAAAGAGAUAAAUUAUGGAGAGAGAUAAGGAGCAAGAGGAGGAGCAAAGUGCUCGGGAAUGUGACAUAGUAAUGUAGCCCAGAUUAGUUUGAUGAAAGAUACUAAAUGUUAGCGUAAGAAUGCUAAAUGUUAAAUGUCAAAUAUAUCUGUCAGCUGCUAAAACCUGAUCUAGCAUUUGGGGUUUUCUUUCUUUGUUUCCUUUUUGUUUGGGUUCUGUCUCUCUUAUGUGAAAGGGAAAUUGUACAAAAAUGAAGUAUUCAAGUGAAAAUGCAGAAA